GGAAGUAGCUCGGGCCCGAUGAGUGGUGGGCACAGUCCGGUCUUCAAGUCGACACCCACGACACCCCCUACCUCCUUCACCAAUUAUUUGUUUGAGUCGAAUUACGACGGAACUUCCUUCGGAUCGAUGCUGAUGCCUCCCAGCACGAGCUCUGGUCUUCACUUUGACUUCCCUGAGUCAGGAUCGAACUAUGUGAGCACAUCGUGUGUUGAAGUUUCCAGCACCUCAAUCAUGGGUGGCCCGGACGAUAUGACGAUGGCUCUCAUGGCGGGUACCACCAUGUCGGGAACACAACUGGGCGACUCUGUUGUGUCAGGCGAGCACCUCUCCCUCGACGACGACUCAGGCUUCAUCACGAGAAGUCCGCCAUGCAGUCUCAACAGCAGCUGUCCUCGCUCGGAUAACCCGCACUCCCUCACUACAAGCGUUUUGAAAUCUGACUCCUCCGGUCCGUCUAGCGGCGCCUCUCAGUCGAACGCGGGAGGCAACAGCCCAACUGCAAGUCCUUCAGGGGAGGGGAAGGGCAUUUGAGGGACGAGCAGGGAAGGCUGAUGUACAUACACGGAGGAGCCUGGCAGGGCAUGUAAUCAUAGUGGGUAGGAGCGUUGGGGCUCCGUUAUGGUUGGCUGCGGCUAAUUUUGUAUAUCCUCAAGGAAUUGACUCAAGCUAGAUGUAAUGAAUGAGUAACUUAGUUA